CUCGGAACCGUGAAGGUGACAGUGGGAGGUGACUGAGCCGUCUCCCGCGAUGCUGGCGGCACGGCGGCUGCUCAGCGGGUCGCUCCCUGCGCGGGUGUCUGUGCGUUUCAGCGGCGACACGAGUUAGUUGUACAAGGCCUCGGUUUGACCAAAUUUUGGGCCAGCAGGACAGCCGGGCAAAUGAAUGGACGCUUCACGCCGGGCUCAGGGAGUUCAUAUGGCGCUGUGGUUCAGGUGUGGGCUUUGACCACCCGCACAUCUGAGUUCAGAUCCCAGCAGCUUUUGGUUGUGUGCCCUUCCACAGCACCCAAGAAAACCUCAUUUGGCUCGCUGAAAGAUGAAGACCGGAUCUUCACCAACCUGUAUGGCCGCCAUGACUGGAGGCUGAAAGGUGCUCAGAGCCGAGGUGACUGGUACAAGACAAAGGAGAUCUUGCUGAAGGGGCCUGACUGGAUCCUGGGUGAGGUCAAGACAUCCGGCUUGCGGGGCCGUGGCGGUGCUGGCUUCCCCACUGGCCUCAAAUGGAGCUUCAUGAAUAAGCCCUCAGAUGGCAGGCCCAAGUAUCUAGUCGUGAACGCAGAUGAAGGGGAGCCGGGCACCUGCAAGGACCGGGAGAUCAUUCGCCACGAUCCCCACAAGCUGGUGGAAGGCUGCCUAGUUGGGGGCCGGGCCAUGGGCGCCCGUGCUGCCUACAUCUACAUCCGAGGGGAAUUCUACAACGAGGCCUCCAAUCUGCAGGUGGCCAUCCGAGAGGCCUAUGAGGCUGGUCUGAUUGGCAAGAACGCCUGUGGCUCCGGCUACGAUUUUGAUGUGUUUGUUGUGCGUGGGGCCGGGGCCUACAUCUGUGGGGAGGAGACGGCACUCAUUGAGUCCAUCGAGGGCAAACAGGGCAAGCCCCGCCUGAAGCCGCCCUUCCCUGCUGAUGUGGGAGUGUUCGGCUGCCCCACAACCGUGGCCAACGUGGAGACGGUGGCUGUGUCCCCCACCAUCUGCCGUCGUGGGGGUGCGUGGUUUGCCAGCUUUGGUCGUGAGCGCAACUCGGGCACCAAACUGUUCAAUAUCUCUGGCCACGUCAACCACCCUUGUACUGUGGAGGAAGAGAUGUCUGUACCACUGAAGGAACUGAUUGAAAAGCAUGCGGGGGGUGUCACAGGUGGCUGGGACAACCUCCUUGCUGUGAUCCCCGGCGGCUCAUCCACACCACUGAUCCCCAAGUCCGUGUGUGAGACGGUGCUGAUGGACUUUGACGCGCUGGUGCAGGCGCAGACGGGCCUGGGCACGGCUGCUGUGAUUGUCAUGGACCGCUCGACGGAUAUUGUGAAAGCUAUCGCCCGCCUUAUUGAGUUCUACAAGCACGAGAGCUGUGGCCAGUGCACCCCAUGCCGCGAGGGUGUGGACUGGAUGAACAAGGUGAUGGCCCGCUUCGUGAAGGGGGAUGCCCGGCCGGCCGAGAUCGACUCCCUCUGGGAGAUCAGCAAGCAGAUAGAGGGCCAUACCAUCUGCGCCCUGGGUGAUGGAGCCGCCUGGCCCGUGCAGGGCCUGAUCCGCCACUUCCGGCCAGAGCUCGAGGAGCGGAUGCAGAGGUUCGCCCGGCAGCACCAGGCCAGGCAAGCUGCCUCCUGAUCCCGCUGCCCCGGGCUGACGUCUGUCUGUCCAGAUGGCUGGACAAUAAAGCGAGUGCUGUCCGGUC